AGCGAAAUGGUUGGAAAUGAUGGACCGACAAAGAGCCCUGGUCAUGUAGAGUGAAGUUGAGGUUAUUCCAGACCAUCUCAGUCUACCAUCUCAGCCCAUCUCGACAACCCCUCCCAACCUCCGUCAUCCCCGUCGCCCCUCCAUCACAGCCCCCUCCAUCUCGGCCACAUCAAGGCGAUGAGCGGGUCUCGGGCAAUUGCACGUGGGCCGAAGUGACGGCCAACGUGGGAGAGAGAGCGCGAGGUCGGAUGCCCGCCGUGCUGUCGACGCUGUCAGCCGGAACAAUAACAAAGAAAGGGCUUGGGAACCGUUUGCCUAAAACUCCUCCUUACACCAUCACUCUGUCUUCAGCCUGAAUUCCCCUCCUCCAUAGACAAAAUAGACAACCCAUCUGCCGGGCCGGCCUUAUCUCGGAAUACGGCAUUGCCGAGGUCCAUCCCGAUUCCGAGCCUCCGCUUCCGCUCCGCUUCCGCCACCAUGGCAACCUCACUCCCGGCCAUCGUCACCCCGGCCCUGCUGGCCACCAUCCGCAAGCAGCCGAACCUGCCCCGGAACACUUGGUAUUUUGUAACUGCCACUACACUGACUGUGCUCAACCGCCCAGAUGAGAUCGCCACCGUCUACAAGCACGCCCUGGAGGCACCAGACGUCGGUCCCGGUUCCUGUCCGCCGUCUCCCGAGGAGCAGCUGAGCAUAUCCCGCCGCAUCCGGGAGGCCCUUGUCAAGACGGCCGCCAUUGGUGGCCUGCCCAAGACCAUCAACGCGCUGAUGGAGCUCAAGAAGCACACGCCGCCGCAACUCGUCGACGAGCCGCUGGGGUACUCGCCCACGUCGCGCGCCGUCGAGAUGUACGACGUGCCGUCGUCGCAGAUCCUGCACCGCGGCCAGCACUUCUUCGACAUGGUCUACGGCAAGGUCUCGAAGCGCGUCAUGGGCCAGAUGGACCGCUCCGGCACCGAGGACCUCGGCCUGACCGCCCGCCUCGUCUACGGCUACCUGCUGAGCAACACGGCCGUCCUGACCCCGGCCGAGACGUCCUUUGUGCUCAUCGCCGGCCUGGUGCCGCAGGAUGUCAACCCGCAACUCAAGGGCCACCUCAAGGGCGCGCUCAACGGCGGCGCCACGGUUGAGGAGGUCAGGGCUGUGAGGAACGUCGCCAUGACCAUCUGCGAGGCGUCCGGCAUGAAGCUGCUCGACUCCGCGUCCCAGGGCGGCUGGGGCUGGCGGAGCGAUCCCGCUACCCUGUAAGCGGAAUCGGGCCCGGGCAGUCGGGAACUGCAAGCCGCGAGACUAGGACGAGCGGGCACGAGUUGGUGCCCCCCAGGCCUUCCCUCGCCCGCCUCCAACACCCAAUGGAGACUAGGGGAGGGGACAACGUGUGCAGACGCCGAGUCAGCUGGAGUCUGGACUCGCCCUCCCGGCGCAACGGGAGGGGGCGGUCUGUCGGGUGGCGGUUAGCGAGGGAGGGAAAUGGGAGGGUGGCUUUGCCACACAAGUCGAGCUAGAGCGGUCCACGCACAUAGCCUUGCCUUUUUUUCUUUCCUUCUUUUCUUCUCUGGGUAUCUCGUAAGUCCAGGGCGUCUGCGCCCUUCCUUCCCCGGAAGGAGGCGGGGCUCGCGCAAAGGCCCCCGGCUGAUCCACCGAGAUUGAUAUCCGGGAAGGGCCUAGAUCGCGUCGAGUGGGGGGGGCGAGAGUGCCCCUCGAGGUGGCUAGCGGGAAUGUCCAUGUAGCACCUCGGCGAUAUCAUGAUGAUGAUGUGAACAAACCGGCCCCCGUCACACCCGAGAGACGUGAAGAGGGUGGGGUGUUUUCUUUACUUGUCUCGAUAUCACAUAUGCGUGUUGAAGCAAGAAGCCCAUUUUUCGUGUCCUGCAUAACCAGAGAGCCGGACCUGAGAUGAGCGGCAAUGCACAAGAUACCGUGAAGGGAAUAAACAAGCGAGCUAUAAAAGGAGGAUAAAAAAAGAAACACACGGGGAGAUGAGAGAACGGCAAGUAGGAGCAUGAAACCGGACGCCUCACCGGUCCCGAGACCCAGACUACCGGCGCGUCCCUCUCCUUCCCGUGGGUCUGGGCACACUCGCACUCAUU